AAGAUUUGUACAAGCAUGAUUCACGGACGGAAAAGAAGUCAAAGGAGGGAGAUGACUCAGGAAGAGCUUGAUAAAGCGAAUGCUAAGCUUAAGAAAGUUGAAAAGAUUAAUAAGGGAUUCCUUGAAAAGAGAAAAGCUAAGGAAUAUACUGAGAAAACACUUGAAAUGACAAUGAAAAUGGCUGCUUUAUCACCAGAUUUCGAUACAAUUUGGAACUACAGGAGGGAGAUUAUUACACAUUUGAAUAAAGAAAAGAAACCAGAUGAGCAGUACAAAUUCUUCCUUACAGAAUUAAUGGGGCUGGUUAAAUUGAUGAAAGAAAAUCCUAAAAGUUAUACAUUGUGGGGACACCGUCAGUGGGUCAUCCUUGAAGGCCUAAAAAUUGAAAAGUUUAUGACAGAGGAGCAACUUAAGCCUGUAGGAGGGGGUAUCCUUAAUAAUGAAAUUAAGCUUUGUGAUAAAAUGCUAACAGCUGAUGAAAGAAACUUCCAUUGCUGGAACUACAGAAGUUGGGUGGUUAACACUCAGCUGUCCCAAUACGAUGAAAUUGAAAAGGCUGUUCUGAUGAAAGCAAAGCUCAAAUCAAAAGAGUCUGCCAAAGAAGGAGAAGGAGAAACUGAAACCACUGAAGAAGAAACGAAAGAGGAAGCAUAUAAUGCUGAAGAAAUGAAGCUCAGAAAGCUAAAUGAAGAAUUUGAUAUGACUACUAAAAUGGCAGAAAAGAACUUCUCUAACUUCUCUGCUUGGCAUUAUAGAAGUAAACUAAUGCUUAAAAUUCAUAAAGACAGCAAUUCUCCUUACAAAGUGCCUCUAGACUUGAUUCAUAAAGAGUUGGACAAGAUCAAGCAUGCUUUAUUUACUGAGCCUAAUGACCAGAGUCCUUGGAAUUAUCAUCGUUGGUUAGUAUCUCUUCUAAUCCCGAUUUAUAUCCUAGAUCAGAAGGUUGACCUAACUAAAAAGGAGGUAUCCAUUCAUUUCUCAGAUGUUAUUUUUGAUAGCUCAAAGCUGAUCACCACUGUUGAUGGGGAAGAAGUAGAACUAGUCUCUUCUACACACAAACCUGAGAGUAGAAAGUUCAUCUUAAAGUUACCUGAUGGAGCAGGAGAUGACCCAAAGAUUGUGAUUAAGCCAAGAGAUGAUCUAUUUGCUAAAAAUUCUACAUCCAAAUCACCUUAUGACGUGUUGGAGUAUCCUUCAAUCACCUGAUUCAAUGAACUGCUCGAAGUAGAAGAUGACCUGAAACUCGCAAUUGCUUAUAAGCAAAGACAAGACCAGAAAUUGGCUGAGCUAAAAGAAAGUUUAGAAAAAUAUGAGUUCUACGCUUUCCUCUAAGAAAAUUCAAUUAAAAA